UUAUAAGUAGAAGAAAUAAAGAGAUCCUGUUCUGUUCGAUUUUAGCGUUUUAGUGUUUCGUUUGAGGUUGCUGUGGUUGUUGAAGGUGAACUAAUUAAGUAUGACUGAAGAAAGGAGAGUCCAUCCUGAUUGUAUUAAUGCAUCCAAUCCUUACCAUGAAUGUGUUGAGUAUUGCUUCAGAAGAAUAGCGGAAGCCAAGGAUCGGAUUAGGAAAGAAGAAUCAGAUGUUAAACAAGCUACUGGUGGUGGUCCAUCAUAUUCUGAUGCCCCUGAGCAGGGUGAAGAUCUUCAUGAAGAAAGACUUAAUCCUGAUGAACAUGCAGAAGCAGAUAAUGACAUUCCUGCAGAGGAAAAUGUGGAGGUAGACUACACAAAACUCACAGGGAGGCAGAAAAAAUUGUUUGAGUUAAGGCUUAAGAUGAAUGAGGCAAGGAAGGCAAACCAAACAGCCAUGGUGGCAGAAAAGAAAAGAAUGGAAGGUGCACCAGAAUCAAGGGGCAUUUCGAAGCAAAAAUGGCUCGAAGAGAGAAAGAAAAAAAUUGGUAAACUACUAGAUGCAAAUGGUUUGGAUAUGACAAAAGCACAUAUGCUUGACACACAGGAGCAGGCAGAGGCAAAGUAUAAGAAGUGGGAAAAGGAACCUGCACCGUUUGGUUGGGAUGUUUUCAAUCAGAAAACUCUGUACGAUGCCUACAAGAAGCGAACAAAGAACAUAGAUGUUGACGUUGAAGAAUAUAAUAGAUUGAAAGAAGCUGACCCGGAGUUCUACCGUGAUGCUUCCAGUCUCCAGUAUGGGAAGGCACCGAAGGUCUCUGAGGAAAAGAUAGACAAGAUGGUGAAGGAACUCAAGGAUAGAGAUGAGAAGCGGAAUUCAUUUAGCAGAAGGCGGAAGUUCCAUGAAGAGAAAGAUAUCGACUCAAUCAAUGACCGCAAUGAGCAUUUCAACAAGAAGAUUGAGAGAGCCUUUGGUAAAUAUACACUGGAGAUCAAGAACAACCUUGAGAGGGGCACUGCUUUGCCAGAUUAGGGGGUUUGCGUCUUAAUUUGUUGCAUCAGUUCUGUCGUACUUUGAGAAUCUGGAGAAUCUGUAAGUUCAUUAUUGAUGUCAUCAAAUCCAUGUUUAUUUAAAAUUCUACCCAAAAUUGAGUUGCUAAUUCGGGUCCCAAUUCGGGGGUUAAUGGUAUACUUCUGUAUGAUCAAUUUCUUA